GAUUUUACAAAUUGCAGUAAACAAGCUUUCAGGAAGAAUACCUCCAACUAUUUCUAACUUAUCCUCACUUGAGAAGUUGUCUUUGCCUUACAACUUCUUAACAGGAGACAUUCCAAUAGAGAUUGGUCAUCUUCAAAAUCUAAAAAUUCUAUAUUUGGAUACUAAUAAGCUUUCUGGCCACAUACCAUCAAAUAUCUUCAAUAUAACAGAGUUGCAAGAGAUUGAUUUAAGCUGGAAUAAUUUUCAGGAAGUAUUCCGUCUAAUAUAUGUCAUGGACUUCGAAAUUUACAAUUUCUAUAUCUUGAAGUCAAUGAAUUAUUAGGAGCCCUGCCAUCUAAUUGGAUACAAUGCAAAGAGCUCAAAGACUUACAAUUAGAAUACAACUCUUUCACAGGCCAUAUACCAAAAGGCAUCGGAAACUUGACUAAGCUUCAAUUCUUAUAUCUUAAUUACAACAAUUUGGAAGGAGACAUUCCUAAAGAGAUUGGUAAUCUUAAAAGCCUGAGAACUCUCUAUCUAGAUGUCAAUCAAUUUUUUGGCCAAAUACCGUCAACUAUCUUCAACAUGUCUGAGUUGCAAAAUAUUGAUUUGACUGAAAAUAAUUUGUGGGGAGGCAUUCCUUCUAAUAUAUGUCAUGGACUUUCAAAAUUACAAAUUUUGUAUCUUGGACACAACAAAUUAUUUGGAGCUAUACCAUCUAGUUGGAUACAAUGCAAGCAACUCAAAGAGUUAUACUUAGAAGAAAACUCGUUCACAGGAGAUCUACCAGCAGACAUUGGAAACUUAACUAUGCUUCAAACAUUAAGUCUUGGUUACAAUAACUUAAAAGGUAGCCUUCCAACAAAUUAUGGGAAUCUCACUAAUCUGUAUAAACUAUCUUUAGAAGAAAACAUUUUGACUGGAACGAUUCCAACAACAAUUAAUAGUUUACAAGAUCUUCAGUAUUUGAGUCUUGAAGGCAAUGAGCUACAUGGUGCAAUCAUUGAAGAGCUUUGUGGAAUCACAAGACUUGCCUUUUUAUAUCUAAGUGGGAACAAGUUUUCUGGAUCAAUACCACAUUGCAUAGGAAAUGUUACCUCCUUACGAGAACUUCACUUGGACACUAAUAAGUUAACUUCAGAGAUACCCUCUUCUUUUUGGAAUUUGAAGGACAUAUUGAUCGUGAACUUGUCUUCCAAUAGUUUAGUUGGAAAUCUUUCAUUCAAUAUUGGAACCUUAAAAGCUCUUACGUCAUUGGACUUGUCAAGAAAUCAUAUUUCAGGUAUCAUUCCUUCAACCAUGGGUGGUUUGCUGACGUUGCAAAUUCUUUCCUUAGCACAUAACAAUUUGCAAGGAAAUAUUCCUGAAUCAUUUGAAAAUAUUAAAAGUUUAAUGAAUUUGGACCUUUCCCACAAUAAUCUGUCUGGUGAGAUUCCUAUAUCUUUGGAGUCACUUGUUGAUCUAAAGUAUAUCAAUCUCUCAUUUAACAAACUACGAGGAGAGAUUCCAAGUGGAGGUGUUUUCAAAAAUUUGACUGCUGAAUCUUUCUUGAUGAAUAAAGCUCUUUGUGGUAAACAAGAACUAAAAGUACCUCCUUGUAGAAAAGGAAAAAGGUCAGUCGCAAAAUCACUUUUAUUCAAGUGCACAUUACCCGUAUUUGUGUCAAUAAUUUUGAUUGUUUUAGGCAUUCUCCUUUUAAAACAAAGAGAGCCAAAUUCAAGGGAUUGUUUGGAAAGGGAUUCAUCAAUUUUAGGAGUGCCAAGAAGGAUUUCUUAUUUUGAAAUUCUACAGGCAACUAAUGGAUUUGAUGAGAGUAACUUUCUUGGAAAGGGGAGUUAUGGUGAUGUGUUCAAAGGAAAGCUUUUGAAUGGGAUGAUGGUUGCAAUUAAAGUAUUUAAUUUUGAUUCUGAAAAAAUGUCAAGGAGCUUUGAGGUGGAAUGCAACACAAUGCGUAAUGUGCGCCAUUAUAAUUUGGUGAAGAUCAUAAGUAGUUGUUCCAAUGUUGAUUUCAAGUGUUUAAUAAUGGAGUUCAUGCCUAAUGGGAGCCUUGAAAAAUGGUUAUAUUCUCAUAACUAUUGUUUGGAUUUUCUACAAAGGCUGAAUAUAAUGAUAAAUGUAGCAUAUGCUUUGGAGUAUCUCCAUCAUGGCUUGUCAAUACCUGUAGUUCAUUGUGAUUUGAAGCCAAGUAACAUUUUGUUGGAUGGUGAUAUGGUUGCUCAUGUGAGUGACUUUGGGAUUUCCAAACUUUUAGAUGAAGGGCAAUCUAAAACACAUACAGAGACGAUACCUACUAUUGGAUAUAUUGCACCUGAAUAUGGAUUUGCUGGAGUUGUUUCAACGAAAAUAGAUGUGUACAGCUUUGGAAUUAUAUUAAUAGAAGUGUUCACAAGAAAAAAACCAACAGAAGACAUGUUUGCCUCAGGAUUAGACUUGAAGAGUUGGGUAAGUGAUUCAAUACCACAUAAAAUAAUUAAUGUCAUAGAUUCCAAUUUAUUGCAGGGAGAUGAAGAACAUAUUGGUGAUAUAUUGACUUCUACAUCCUGCAUUUUGGAAUUGGCAUUAAAUUGUUGCACUGAUUUUCCUACAAUGCGAAGCAAUAUGACAAAUGUUGUAGUAUCUUUAAACAAGAUCAAGAACUUGAUUAUGGAAAGGCAAAAUCAUCAACAUCAUUGAAUAAGUAUUACUCUAUUUUCAAUUUAUGUUGUAUAUUCCCUUUAGAAAUAUGCUUGGCACAUUACUUGUAUGAUGAAUGCAUAUUUGUAAUAAUUGUUGUUUGACAUGGUUGAUGAACUUUUGU